GACGUCACUAGGCGGGAAGCGGUGUUUGUUUACGGAAGUAAUCCUCUUUCAUCAGAGUCACAAGACUGAAGACUGCAGUUAUUAAGCAAAAAAACUAAUUUAAGGACAAUAUUAAAUAUUAAAUAAUGAUCCGCAAACGGCCAAGAGGAGAUGGGAUAAUGCCGCCAUAUUUAAGCAUGAUGGGGAGAGAAAAAACAGCUCCUCCACCUGCUCAAUCCCAGUUCCACCUGGACCUCUGGUUCUCUUUCACUGUACAGAACUGGAUCCUGGACUUCGGGAGGCCGAUAGUGAUGAUUAUAUUACCUCUGGAAUGGUUUCCUCUGAACAAGCCCAGCGCUGGAGAUUACUUCCACAUGGCCUACAACGUCAUUACACCGUUUCUGCUGCUGAAGCUGAUGGAGAGAAGUCCUACCACGCUGCCACGCACUGCUGUAUACCUGAGCAUCAUCACGUUCGUCAUGGGCGCCAGCAUCCACCUGGUAGGAGACUCCAUCAACCACCGUCUGAUCCUCAGCGGCUACCAGCUCCACCUGUCUGUCCGCGACAACCCCAUCAUGAAGGGCCUCAAUCCUCCCUCGCUGAUUGACUCCUUCGAGCUCCUUUAUUACUACGAUGAGCAUUUAGGACAUUCCAUGUGGUACGUCCCAUUCUUCCUCAUCCUCUUCCUCUACUUCACCGGCUGCUUCACACAAUCCAAAGAGGAGAAGAUGCCACACUCGGGUUGGCUGCUGCUGGGUCCUAGUGCUCUCUAUUACUGGUACCUGGUGACUGAAGGACAGAUUUUUGUUCUGUACAUCUUCACGUUCUUCGCCAUGGCUGCCACAGUAAUGCGUCAGAAGCGAAAAGGCUACGUGCUGGACAGUAACGGCCGCUUCCUGCUUUACAACUUCAUCAUCACGCUGGUCCUGGUGAUCGCUUGGGUCGUCUAUCUGUGGAAUGACGCCGUGCUGCGCAAAAAAUACCCCGGUAUCAUCUACGUCCCAGAACCGUGGUCUUAUUACACAUUACAUAUCAAGGGCAGUUAGUAUGAGGUAACAGGAAGUCAGUUAAGAGUCACAUUAUUGCACUGAAACGUCGUCUUGAAGGUCCUGAGGGUGGUUGAUAAGAGGAGAGUGUUCUGUAAUGAAACAGGAGGAAUAAACAAAAUUGGGAGAACAUAUCGAAAAAAAUAAAAUAAAAGAGGUGCAUACUAAGGUUAUUUUUAAAAAUAUUUCUUUACAUCAGAUACAAGUUCCUUAUUGCUGCUUUAAACCCUGGUCAGUGUUCCAGCAAGUGAUUAUUUGUCCUAAAGAUGAUUUUUCUCAUAUUGAUCUUACUGUUGGAAAGAUUGGCAUCUUCCAAUGUUCCUGGGUGAAAAAAUGGAUAAUUGACCCCUGUUUAUAUAUAUAUGUAUAAUUAUAUAUAAUUAUUAUAUAUAAAUACCAAAAAGAAUUUCGAAAAGUUACUGAUGAAACGUUGAUGAAAUGCGAAACUUUUGUGAGAGCAAAAUAAACAGAGAAAUAGUUUGAAAAGAAGUCAAAGUUUUGCAGUGAUCCAUGCAGUGGUUUGAAAAAGAAAUCUCGAUUAAAAAAAUAAUAAUUACAAAAAGAAUAUUACAGCUGUGGAGAUCCAAAAGCUGAUUAGAGGAUAUGAGAGACAUGAGCAGCAGUUAUACGAGUUAUUAAAUAAUAUUUAUAUCACUUUCAGAAAGAAAGAUGCAAACGUUUGAACUGAUAUCAUUUGAAUAUUUGUUUAUUUUUUGUUGCUUGUUCUUACUUAAUGAAGGAAUCUGUGAAAAUGUCAAGUAUAAAUCACAUUCGAUAAAUUAAGGGUGCGCAAACUUUUGCACUCCACCGUAGCUCAGCAAGGCAAUUCACCAUCAGUGAGGUUUGAUUUUUGUGCGUUCUGUGUGUUCGAGUGGUUUAAUGUCGUUUAAAGAUGAUAAUUCGGAGAAGUGAAUUAUUCUCAUGUUGUUAUUUCGUGGAAUCUGAAUCUAGCUUUAUUUUACACUCUACACUCAUUCUUUAUUUUUUUUUAAAAAUAUAUAUAUAUAUUUUUUUUCUGUCAUUGUGCAUUCACAAUUUUGUCUGCAAACGUGUUAUAUUCUAUUGGAACAUAAACAUCAAAUAUAAGUAUGGCUUAUAUAAUAAGUUCAUUACAGUCCACUUGUUCUGAUAGAAUAAAAAUUUGGCAGAAAUGCUGACAGGAAAAAGUCUAAUAAAUUAAUUAAAAAUAAACAAAUAUAGAGUUUUUGUUUAGAUUACAGGUUAUGGUUUCCAGAAGUGAAUUAUUAUUCUUGUUAGUGUAUAGAAUUUUUUAUGUGUAUUCACUGUUCUGUUGAUUUUUUUUUUUUGGUGGUGUCACUGUUCUGUCCAUUUUUUUAUUUUUUAUUUUUUUGCAAACUUGUAUAUAUUUUAUUGAAAGAAGCGUACUGUACUGCUGUUCUGUAAUGAACUGUAUUAUGACUCUUUAUUGAUAAUAAUUCUGAAGUGUGCUAAUCCAUGACAAGAGCAUGUUCAUGUACAGUGGAUAUAAAAAGACUACACACCCCUGAUAACAACUGUAGGACGAACAUGAA